AUGAGCAUAUUUCCACUAUUGAAGCUCCCCGAAUCUUCAGUGGACACUAUUGUCAAGCAAAUGGAGUUUCACGAAAUAGUAAAAUUUUGCAUUUGUUCGAACCAAUCGGCCGAAGCUGUGAAACGGCUCAACCCAACGUUUCAUCGUCUCUUAAUCAACUUUUCUCAUGACAAGUGCAAUAUUUGGCUAGCGGAAGAAGAAUAUAGACCAAAACAACUCAAAGUCACUUUUCAUAAAAGUUCUGCAGAAGUUCCAAAUAGAUCUAAGAUGGAUGGAAUAGAAGAAUACAGAUAUGAAGUCAUUGAUCCCGCGCAGAAAAAUGCGAAUGUGGCUAGACUAAUCAUGGAUUCUAUUAAUGUAAAAGAAUGUUGGUAUGGUAUUAGUCCUGAUAACAUUGAAAAUCUGAAAGAAUACGUAACCAAUGUUCUUGUUGAAGACUAUAACUAUUUUGAAGUUUGUGGGAGAAAAACGGCUGCUGACGACAAUUUUCUAGACUCAGAAGAUUUAACAUUUCUUAUGAAUACUGUCAAGAAAAACGUUAUGUUCCAAGUUAUGUCUAAUAUUCCGACGGAUUUUAAGCAUGAAAAAGCUUUGCAAUUCAAAUCUUUUCAUUAUAUUGACGAUCGUUGGUUGACACUUGAUAAUUUGAAGUCAAUGAGAAAUGUUGAAGAAGCAGUUCUCAGCUGGACCCAUUUCAAUUGGAAUGAUAUCAACCAGUUUCUUCAUUAUUGGAUGACUUGUGAUGAUGAUAUGAUGAGAGAGUUGUUCAUUUACUUUAAAUGUGGGACAGUUUUCAACGAGAACGAGCUGCUGCGUAAUCUGACUGCAAUAUCUUGUCAGGUUGAUCGACAUUCAUUUCACUAUAUAAAAGCACGGAAUAAUGGGAACAGGAAAUAUACGGUGGGACAAUUACACUUUGACUACCUAUCACUAUGUCUCCGAUUCAAAGCGAUUGAAUCCAAAAGUCUCCCAGAUGAUGUUUACAAACACCUCGAAGAUGUUGAGAAGAUUCAGAAGUUGAGCAGAGUGAAGGUAGACAUUGAGAAUUUGGGUUUCGAGUAUCAGAAGAUGUUGGAAAACGAAAAAUGUGAUAUUGAGAAGGGACGAAUUCAAAGAGAGUUGGAGAUAGUCGAGAGGACGAAGCAUGGUAUCAAUGGACAGUUGGAAUUGGUUCAGAACCAAUGGAAACCAUUUUUAUUGAGUUUUCUCACGGGGGCCUUACGAGUGCUCUAUCCUAUUGGAAUGAAUAUUGAAGUCAAUCUCUCAUUUGAUGAAUCUGAUUGA